GAAAGGAAGACAAUGAACUGCAGAAUGUGGGAAUUGAACGGCGUCGCUGCCUUCGCUGCGCAUCGCUGAACCCGCCGUCGUCACCGUGAGCCUGUGGAGAAAUGAGAGCAGACCGUUUCUAAGACCGCAGGUGGAGACGAGGAGAAAGUGGGACACAUUCCUCCUGCUGCUGGAGGACAGAUAAAACUGGAUUCUUUUUUUAUCGGAUGCAGUUACGUCUCCACCUCAGUGUAACAGACUGACGGAGGAGCGAGAUGAAGCCGAGCGACAACUCAAACACAUCAAGAGAGUGUCUCAGAUGGUGAUUGAGGAGGUGAGCGUUCUGCAGACUCAGCUGGAGAUCGAGAAGUCGUGCAGGGAAAAUGCAGAGGCCGUAGCCACAAAGCUCAACUGUGAGAACAGGAAGCUGAAGUACCUGAGCCUGUCGUCCCGACCGUGUCUGGACGAGUUGCUCCCCAGCAUCUCCGACUGCAUCGCACUGGAGACGGACGGUGACACGGAGACCGCGGACUGUGCCGACAGCAGCCCUGACACCUUCAUACAGUAUCAGCAGCAGGUUAAAGAGCUGAGGGAGACAGUGAACAGCCUGUUGGAGGAGAAGAAGAAUUUUGUUUGUCAGAUUCAUGACCAGCAGAGACGGAUAGAGGAGCUGAGCGUCCAGUCAGAGAAAGACCAAGCAGCGAUGAAGGAGCUUCGUGAAACUGUCGAGCAGCAAACCAAAACCAUCAAGAGAUUUAACAGAGUCUCGACCAUGGCGGCUCAAGAGUACGAGGGGAUGAAGGACCAGCUGGACCUGGAGCAGAACCUCAGAGUCAAAGCUGAGACGUUUGCACAUGAGAUGCUGGUGAAGCAGAAGGAGGCCAACAGGCAGAGCAUGCUGCUGCUGCAGAACGCUGAGCCCAGCGUUCAGCUGCUGAAGGCUCUGGAGGACGUCGCCGCCAUCACCAAAACCCUGGAGGAGGAGCGUCUGCAGCAUCAGCAGAAGGUGCAGAGUCUGGAGGCCCAGCUGCAGCAGAGCAGCGUGAAGGAGCAGCUGGAGGCUCUGCAGAGGCAGCUGGAGCUGCUGGAGGUGGAGAAGAAGGAGGCGGAGGGACGACUGGAGCAGGCGGAGAGGAAGAACGAGGAGCUGGGGAGCCGAGUCCUCGAGCUCCAGGAGACGCAGCAGAAGGUCGCCACGACAACCAACAUAGAACCCCCACCCCCUGAACCGGGGGUGGCCCCUCCCCCUGCUCCUCCUCCUCCGCCACCCCCGCCACCGCCUCCUCCCCCUCCACCGCCUCCCCCACCUCCCCCAUCGAGAUGCAACCCCCUCAGCUCGCUGAUCGCCAUCAUGAGGAAAACGUCCAAAGGCUCCAAAGUUUCUGUGAAGGCGGAGCAACCUCCAGCGUCUGAGGGCGUGGACGACGUGAAGGUGAAGGCGGUGAACGAGAUGAUGGAGAGGAUCAAACAUGGCGUCGUCCUGCGGCCUGUGAAGAGCCAGGAAACCAAGAGAACAGCAGUGAAACCGCCGCCACCGCCGCCACCACCACCACCAUCUUGUGAGGUGAAACCACACGAGAGCGCCAUGGAGGAACUGAAAGGCAUUCUGUGUGUGCAGGAGACGGUGAAGAGGAGCCCAAGCCGCGGCUCUCAGGAGUCGGGGCCGACGCUGCCGGGGAAGAAGGACACUGAGCUGGAGGUGAUUCUGAGACGCAGGCGCAACAAAGCAGGAGAAGCUGGAUCUGGAGACGAGGGCCAGCUGAGCCACGUCUCCUCCUCCGACAGCCUGAACGGCCAACGCACCAGCAGCGACUCGGGCAAAGAACCCGAGGCUCCAGCAGGUCCGGCGUCACUGAGCGUCCCCUGUGACCCCGCGGGGCCCAGGUUCAGUCCGGAGAGACGGGGUUCCGGGCCGGGACCCGUCGUGGCGAGGAGGAGGAAGAGCUCGGACACCGGCAGGGAAACCAAGUCGGGCUCGUGGCAGGAGAGACGAUCCUGCAGCUCGCUGUCUGAGAGAGAAACUGCUGAGUCAUCGCUCAGCAACGGCUGCGUCAUCAACAGUGUCGUGGAGGUCGAUAAAAAGGUGACAGAGAAGAACGUCCAGGCAAACGGAGUCGACCACAGCGAACGCGGUGAGGACGCACACGCCGCCGCCCCGCUGAACGGCGGCGCCGACGCCGAGUGCUGACAUGGAAACGGACGAUCACAAGUUUUUUAUUUCAAGUUUCUUUUCACGUAUUUCCUGGCACUUUUUCCUCUCCACAUUUAGCACGUUUGAUAAAGUUGAUUUGAAGAGUGAGUUUAGAUGAAAGCGUGUUUGGCGUGAACGCACCCUCACAUGAGCGGCCAUCGCAGAAUCUUUUGUAUCGUUUCUGGCUUUUUAUCUACAAAGCAGGAGCUAAAAAAACGCCAUUUUUAAAAAUACAUUUUCGCAACUCCACCUCUCGCUUAAUUUCCAACAGAUGUUUGGACAAAAUUUGUGCGGGGACCCAAAAUAAACCUCCCGUGACCCAGACUUUGGGAACCACUACUUUAACACAAGUGUAAAACAACUAUAUAUAUGUAUAUACAGUAUAUGCCUUGAUUCUGAAUAGAACCACAGACAUCAUCAUGUGACCAGAACACCUUUGCGUACGGAGAGCUUUUUACGCAAACUCCUUGCUCCGCCCCCUCAUCCCGAUGUUCACCACACCUCCGUUUUUGUGAAAAUACAAAACAAACAGACAAGCACGCGUCUGCGC